AUGCCUUCUCAAGGAUCUCAAAGCUUCUCCCAAUCAUCUCCUUUGUGUCUUCCCUUGGCCAAAUUUUCUUAUGCAACUGUAUCUGGUGAAGGCGUUGCUCCCAUCCCGUGGCUUCAUAUCGGCAACAAGAAAGCUUUGUUCGCCAUCUUUGAAACUAGCCCUGUUCAAUUGGAAGAUGGUCGAAUUGAGCAAAGGCAAAAGUUCAAAGUCUUGCAAGAUCCUGAAGUCAUGGAAGAGCUCGACCUCAAUGCAUUGUCGGUCGAGGCCCAUCGUUCUCUCAUGGAAAAACCAAAAGGCUCCAUGUCCAUCGACCCUGAAGUCAAUAUCGUAGUCCAGGUGCCUCUAAUUGCCAUCAAAUACCCCUUGCCAAGUGGACAGAUUCGGCGUUUUCAGAUUCGCUUCUCCAGGAACGAAGACUACUAUGAAGCGAUGAAAAUGCUUUCACGAGCAGAUGUGCCUACCGUUGAGGCAGGCACCUUUCCAACUCGCAAACCACCACCAGCACCAAGAUCAGUCGCCCGCAGCCUAGUAGCACCCAGCGAUUCCGCUUCUCAAAUGGGGCGAUCAAUACCUCGUCAGAGGGAACACCCGACAAAUGAUGACGCUCUCUCACUGUUUCGGCCAGUCCCCACGGUCAUGUCCGCAAUGCCUCCUCCACAGAUGUUUCCGGUGCCUGCACAAGGAGGAAAGUAUUCUUUGAGUGUGCGGCCACCGCCUGAUGGGGACUUGCGCACAGCCCAGGCGCCGGAUCUUCAGCCUGCAUAUCCCAAAUCUAAUAUUUCGCUCAGCACCGCCACUACUCUUGUUCCCGGCGGACAGCGGCUCACGUUCCGUGCUGUGCAAGACCAAUCGGAGCCUGAGGGUCUCGGUGACAUACGCAACGGGCAGUCGACCAGAGCAUCUCCUCCGCGCCCUGGGUUUGAAACCUCUCGGCGGGAUAUAGGUCUAGGACUUCGUGGAGGGCAGCUAGCACCGACAGUCACACGAUCCGAAGUCAAUAGUCACAGCCACUCCCAACUUGGUCGUGGAAAUGGCGAUGUCGGCAGUGGAAAAGGCCAAAGUGACAGGCACCUCACAGGUUUGGAAGUAGACUCGGUGCUUACCGGGACUACCACAAAAGGCAAGGGAAAGAGAGCCGCGACUAACAAGACCACAAAGACUCCAGUAGCCAAGAAGCCCCGACCUGCUGCAUCACGCAAGACGAGUACAACAAAGCAAGCAGAGGAUAAACGUGUGCCGACUGUGGAUGAACUACUUCAACAACCGGGCUACAGCUUGCUCCCGAAUACUACGACCGUUGGAGCCCCCUGCAAUCCACGUGUGGAAGAUUAUACAACCGAACUCGUCCAGACAAGAAACCUGGAAAUUGCGGAAACAGACUACGAGGCAGACCAGCUUCAAACUCAGGGUAGUCCAUUCCUUGGUAGCACAACGAACAGGCACAUGACUCGCUCUGUAUCUCGAGCCCUUUCGUCAAUUCCGUUGCAACACGCCAGGGAGAGCGGGGGACGGGUCCACCAAGCUACCCUUCCACCAUGUACACCGGCAGACCAGAUCAUGAGCAGCCCUGCGACGCCAGCGUCACCAGUCACCCAGACACACACCUCCGCACCCCCUCAGCCUACGUCUCUUUCAGAAACUAGCUCCAACACGCGAGUACCACAGUCUUCAGGAGCACCUCCGGUAACCGACAGCGCCCUGCUCGCCGUCGCACAGCAGUGCCUUUCCACCGACCCUGCCUUCGACCUUUCCUCCGCCAAAUCUCGCCUAGACGCGUGGCUCAAGCUCCCCGAGCCGGCGCGUGCGUUGGCACUGAGGGCUUAUUUCUGCGACUUGGUCAUGACCGAGGGGUUCAGCCAGUUGUGCAAGAGCGUGGACAUGUUCUGGGAAGGCGCAGUCCUGGAGGGGAAGAUGAUGAUGAUGACGGCAGCACGGGCGGCGAAUGAAGGGGUUGAAGAGGAAGAUUAG